CGUUGAAUUAGCCAAAAUUUGGGUUGUUGCAACUUGCAACCAGCGGAAGACGAAGAAUGACGCCCACCUCCCACUCCCAACCAUUUCCAACACUACUCUUCAAUUUGUAACACACUUGGGAGCUCCUCCAGUUUUGGCUCUGUUGCUUUUAGAUGGAGCUCACCUGCUCUACUUCUUCUUUUGCGAGAAUUUCAGCUACAACCAUUCAUUCCAGCGCUUCUUAUCAUCUUCAGACCAAGAUACCCAUCAAGCCCAAGUGUCUCCCGGACUUGCUCCUCCGAAGCUCAAAACUUUCGCUUCCGCCAAGACUUGGGUCUCAAAGAAACUGCUCUCAGCGGGUGGCUAGCAGGGCGCGCAGGAGUAAUUCCAUCUGGGCCUGCAGUCAAGUUGGAGCUGGGUCUGAUCAUGUAGUAACCAAGUUCUCGAAUUUCAAAGAUGCAUGUUGGAGAUUUCUGAGGCCCCAUACGAUACGUGGAACGGCUUUAGGGUCCACUGCUUUGGUGGCAAGAGCAUUGAUUGAGAACCCAGAGCUUAUAAAAUGGUCUCUUGUGGUAAAGGCAUUCUCUGGCCUUCUUGCUCUACUGUGUGGGAAUGGGUAUAUAGUUGGCAUCAAUCAAAUCUACGACAUUGGAAUAGAUAAGGUUAACAAACCUUAUUUACCUAUUGCUGCUGGGGAUCUUUCAGUCCCAACUGCAUGGAUGUUGGUGAUACUUUUUGCAGUGACGGGUGUUCUCAUUGUUGGACUGAACUUUGGUCCAUUCAUCACUUCUCUUUACUGCCUUGGUCUUUUCCUGGGCACCAUCUAUUCCGUCCCUCCAUUUAGAAUGAAGAGAUUUGCAGUUGCAGCAUUUCUUAUUAUCGCAACGGUACGAGGUUUUCUUCUCAACUUUGGUGUCUACCAUGCCACAAGAGCUGCCCUUGGUCUUCCAUUUGAAUGGAGUUACCCAGUGGCAUUCAUUACAUCCUUUGUGACAGUUUUUGCUCUGGUCAUUGCUAUAACAAAGGACCUUCCAGAUGUAGAAGGGGAUCGCAAAUUUAAGAUAUCAACUUUGGCAACGAAACUUGGCGUUAGAAAUAUUGCAUUCCUUGGUUCUGGACUCUUGCUGUUGAACUAUAUCAGUGCUGUAUUGGCGGCUAUUUACUUCCCGCAGGCUUUCAGGGGUAGCUUAAUGAUACCUGUACAUACAAUCCUAGCAACCUGUUUGAUAUUCCAGACAUGGCUGCUGGAACAGAGGAAAUAUACAAAGGAUGCAAUCUCAGAGUUCUACCAGUUCAUUUGGAAUCUUUUCUACGCCGAGUACUUCAUUUUCCCUCUAAUCUAGAGCUUAUGCGACCCAACCCCUCUUUUCACCUGUUUCUCUACACCCUUUUUUCUGUAUGCUCAACCGGCUCCCCAAUUUUUUUUUUUUACUGAAGUUAGCUGCUUGUUGUUGUACUGCUGAUGCUGCUGUAGAAUGGGCAACAACUAAACAUUCAAAUCGGGUUACUUUUUGGCAAACAACAGACAUUAUAUCAUCUUUGCCGAAGUGUUAACAUUUCCAUUAGUAGAAAACAUCCAUUGAGGUUACAUUUCAAGAUCCUGGCUUUCUUGUUCUACUCCCUCUCCAUUCUCUGUCUGAGUUGAAAUCCAAUGUUACAGCAUAUAAAAUGGCACAAUACUAGUUCAUCCAUUCAUAAGCAGUUAAACACAAAAUAGAUUAUACGAAACCGUUCAUAAUACAUAUAUUUAGACACUCGUUUGGAAGGAAAGUAGGAAGCAGCACACCAACCCAUGAGCUGGAUAUGAUAAGAGUGAUCUUAGGGUUUAAAAGCUCAGAAAAGAAAGGAAAACAACACAUACACACUCCGAUAUGACGAACAGAAGUACAGAACACUCCCAUGACACACAAUCCAAGAUAAUAACCAUGCCUACUCAACACUCUUCGUUAUUUAGUAGUAGAUAGAUAGAUAGAUAGAUAGAUAAGAGUGGCAGGCAUAGUGUUCUCCGAACAGGGGCUGAUGAAUUGAUCAUUCAUCGUCAUCAUUGCGGCGAUGGUGCUGAUGCUUAUAGCGAUGCUUCUUCUCAUCAUCAUCAUCGUCGUCAUCCUCCUCAGAGUCAUUAUCUCCCUGCAAGUUCGAUGCACAAGACACCAGUUAGUAAGCUCUGUAACAAGAUUUUCAUUCAAGCUACAUCUGUGGAUUGAUCAAAGAUCAUCCCAGAAAAUGCAGUCAAUAACCAUCCAUCUACACAUAACUCGUCGAGCACCAAUGAUCAGUCCAAAGUUCUUCCAAUUACCAUAGAACCAAAUUUCAACCAUCCAUCAAAGAUAUAUAUAUAUAUAUAUCAUAAAAAGCUUCCACCUUGUGGUAGAAAAACAGUCACUGCAGCAACGAACACAAAUGAAACUUCCAUAUUGGAAAGUAAACUAUAGAUAGAUGAACUGUUACUAGCAAUAUGCCAAUAUCAGAGCCAAACACAGUUACUCAAGCAGCCAAAUGAAAAAGGGUAUGGGAAAAGCUUACAUAUUUCUUGCGGCCAUAGCCUUCUUCACCACCUUCUUCGCCACCACCAUAGCCAUACUGGCCGCGAGACUUCUCCUCAUCAUCGUCAUCAUCAUUGCGGCGCCUCCCAUAAGCAGGCUUCUCGGAGCUAUCCUGUCUGCGGUAACCUCCAGAGCCAUACUCAGUCGUCUCCUGGCGCCUCUCAUAAUCUUCACCUUCCUCUCCAUAGCUCUGCUUUCGCCUUCCAUAUUCAGACCCACCACCGCCUUCAUACUCUGAUGAUUCCGUCUGGCGACCGUAACCAGAUCCGUGCUCGGGCUCGGUCCUCCCUCCAUAACCCGACCCGUAUUCAGAUUCAGUCCUGCCACCGUACCCGGAUUCCUGCUUACGGCCAUACCCAGAUCCGUACUCAGGCUCCGGCUGCCGGCCGUAUUCGGUCCGGCUGCUGGCCGUAUUCGGAUUCCUCCUUACGGCCAUAGCCAGAUCCGUACUCGGGUUCCGGCUUCCGGCCGUAUUCCGAUCCAUAUUCGGGUUCCUGUUCACGCCCAUAGCCCGAUCCACCAUACUCGGACUCCUGCUUACGCCCGUAACCCGAUCCAUGCUCAGAUUCGGUUCUUCCACCAUAUCCGCCGCCGCCAGAUCCGUAUUCAGUCUCCGUCCUCCCGCCGUAUCCACCGCCGCCGCCAGAUCCAUACUCAGAUUCAGUUCUCCCACCAUAUCCGCCGCCGCCAGAUCCGUACUCGGUCUCAGUCCUCCCGCCAGAUCCGUACUCGGACUCACCGGCAGGCCUGCCACCGCCGGGCUGGAAGCCGUAAGCGGGACCGGGUCGGGGCUUAGGACGGGAGUAGCUGCUGUACUCGGAGUUCAGAGCCUCGUCGCCGUAGGCAGAGGGCUCCGACUGGGACGAGAAGUGAGGACGAUCGUAGUCGAUCUCGUCGGAGGCGGAUUGGCCCAUUGGGUAGCUGGUGUCGUCGCUGGGGGGAAUUGGGCGACCAUAGGUCAAGUGGAUGUCAUAGCCGCCGCCGUAUGGCGUUGGAUCGUACUCGUCGAAGUCGUCGACGGCGUCGGCAUCUGCCCUGGAAUAGUACGGCAUUUUCGUCGGUGAAGGAGAAAGCUAAUUUUUGGCUGCGUGGCGCUCUAGUUUGCGAUUUGGGGAAAUCAGAAGAAUCUGGGAUCACGAAAUAGAUGGAUUUAUACAACUAUUGUGUGGAGUGGCGGAAAGAAGUAAUUGUCUUCCACGGUCAUCAAAUUUUACGUCGG